CGCUGGGGUUUUAGGGUUUCUCGUCCAGGGCGAAGGAGGGCGACGCGGCGGCGGCGGCGGCGGCGAUGGACCGGUACCAGAGGGUGGAGAAGCCGAAGCCGGAGUCGCCGAUAAACGAGAACGAGAUCCGCAUCACCACCCAAGGCCUCAUCCGCAACUACAUCAGCUAUGCCUCCACUCUCCUCCAGGAGAAACGUGUUAGAGAAAUUGUCUUGAAAGCAAUGGGACAAGCAAUCAGUAAGACAGUGGCCAUUGCGGAGAUUAUAAAGAAGAGAACUCCUCGGUUGCAUCAGGAUACUUCCAUCAGCUCAGUUAGCAUAACUGAUGUAUGGGAACCCAUCGAAGAGGGCCUAGUACCCGUGGAGAUGACUCGACAUGUUUCAAUGAUAUCGAUUACCUUGUCUACGAGGGAGCUUGACAAAAACUCUCCUGGGUACCAAGCUCCUGUUCAAAUGGAUCAACCCAAACCUCAGUAUCGUUAUCAGCCGCAACAGCCUAGACAAGCACGUGUUCCUUACAAUACUGUUAAUGAAGAUUCAUAUGGUCGGGGGAGGGGUCGAGGUAGAGGGAGAGGGAGGACCUGGGGAAGGGGAGGAUAUGGAAACUACCAAGGUGGAUAUUAUCAAGGCAGAAACUAUCAAGGUGGAGACUAUCAAGGCAGAAACUAUCAAGGUGGGGACUAUCAAGGCAGGAACUAUCAAGGUGGAGAGUAUCAAGGUGGAAAUGGUGGAAAUUAUCAAGGUGGAAACUAUCAAGAUAAUGGUGGAUAUUCAAACUGGGGUCGAGGUGGCGGACGAGGCAGGGGCUGGGGCUACCGUGGUAGUGGAUACGAGAGGGGCAGAGGUGGAGGCGGCAGGGGCUAUGUGCGUGGUCGUGGAAGGAUGGGUGGCCGCUCGAGGGGUGGCGGCAACCAGGCAUAGUUGGGGACUCUUGUUCGCUAUGCUUCUCUUAGCUAAAAAUGAUUGCCUUGGCAAAAUGGAUCUAGUCUCUUAUGAGUUCGCUGUUCAAAAUGCAUGACAAAGUUGGCUUAUGUGCUAUGGUCUUAGGAGGUGGCUUGUGUUUUUUCCCCUUCAUUUCGUGGAUGCGGGUGAGGUUUAUUUCGGUCAUCUUAAUGCGUUUAUAGCCCAGAAGCAAGUGCUUGAGUUUUUACAAAUUGGUGCAAUUCAUUUUGCCUGGUGGUUUUCACCACCCUUCUGUAUCUAUAUUCCAUUUCCAGUAUCUCUUUAUUUGAUUUUUAGUGUUAUUACA